CACCACAUACUAUCUUAUAUGAAAGAGAAAAGGCGUCUGAAAUCUUGCCACAAGAAACGACUGAUGAGGCCUCAGAGAUUAUCCCUAUUCCAGGAAACAAUCCGAGCACAUCAGAUCAACAAAUAACUUCAGAACCUUCAAGCUCAUCAAAUAUUCCUCGAAAUGAGGAGCCUUUGCAAAUAAUACACAUUGAAUCAAGUAAGAAUACGAAUGGAAAAAUACUUCACGAGUUGAAACUAAAUGAAGAAAACCUCUCAAGGAUAAUGGAACAUGAUGAUGUAAAAGACAACGUGGUUAUGAUCGUGUCAAUUGCAGGAGCCCUCAGAAAGGGCAAAUCAUUUCUUCUUGGAUUCUUUUUGAAAUAUUUAAAAGCAGAGAUGAGCGAUGAUUGGUUGAAUGAGGAUGAUACAAUAGAAGGAUUUGAAUGGCGAAAUGGAACAGAUGCAGUAACUCAUGGUAUCCAAAUUUGGAGCAAGCCGUUUAUCGUUGAAACCGAAUCAGAAGGAAAGGUCGCUAUUUUGCUUAUGGACACACAAGGAGUUUUUGACUGUAAAUCAACAAAACAGGACUGUGCAAACAUUUUUACCCUCAGUGGUUUGAUAAGCUCUGUGCAGAUUUAUAAUCUUAUGCAUCAGAUACAAGAAGAUGAUUUGGAAAACUUAGAGUAUUUUAGUGUAUUUGGAAAUCUUAUCCAAGAGAAAUCAGGAAUUAAGGAUGCAAGCAAACCAAGAUUCUUAUUUGUGGUCCGAGAUUGGGGAUGUCCACAUGAAUUUCCAUACGGUGAGACUGGAGGAGAACUUUAUGUUCGAAAGCAAUUAACGGAAGAAGAUAAUCAACAUCAACAGCUGAAGAUAGUUCGCAACAAUCUGAAUGGGGGCUUCCUCGAAAUUGGUGGGUGUCUGUUACCCUAUCCGGGCAAGGACGUUGCGACAAAUCACCAAUUUGCUGGACUUGUGAAAAAUAUAGAGGAGGAUUUCUUGAAAGUUGUCAGAAAACUUGUACCCUAUGUAAUACCUGCAAACAAAGUGACACCAAAGCGAAUGAACGGCAAAAACGUGAAAGGAAAGGAGAUGCUUUCUUAUAUUAAAAUUUAUGUCGAGUUAUUGAGAAAGGGAGAUUACCAGAAUUUGGAAACAGCAGUUGAGGCCACAGCAGCAGCAUGUAGAAAAUCAGCAUUUGAAAACGCAUUCAAACAGUAUGAGGAUGAGAUGGAAAAGCGUUUAGAAAUGUGGAAUUUUGUUUCCUUGGACGAACUGAAACUACAUCACACACUUUCAAAGGAACAAUCUUUGACUACAUUCACGGAUUCUCCCAGGAUAAAAGUUGUUGAGCAUGAAAAUUCGUCUUUUAUUGAUCUGGAAAAUAAAAUAGAAGAAAAAUACCACGCAUGUGUAAAAAGAGUGCAUGUUAUAGCAGCAGAAUACAGAAAAUCAGCAUUUCAAAAUGCAUACCAACUGUACAAAAAUGAAAUGAAAAAGAAACUGCUCCCCCCGAUGAGCAGCAUAAACAUCAAAGAUAACAAAGAUGACAAAGAAAGAUAA